AGGCGCAAGCGCCGCAGUGAAAGGGAAAAUCGAACAGCGUGGGAGUGCGUGUGCGAGUGUGUGUCUGGAGCAGAGCCAGUUAAUCUAUUGCCAGCUCGACAUAUAGACACCGCCAACAGAUGUUGGCAGUGAGGAAAAUCGAGUGAGCGAAGCCAGAACCGAGUCGCCGUUGUUUUGGGUGCAGAAAAUCGCAGGACUUCCGGAAAAUGUCGCGCCUCCUGUUCGUGACGCUGCUGGCCAUCAGCCUGGGAUGCGUGGCGCCCAGCAGCAGCAACCACCUGACACCUGCGGGCCUGGCCGUGGACCUGGGUCCAGGCGUGAACCUCAACGAGCGCUUCUUCGACCAGGUGCGGGCGCUCAUCAAGCGCAGGCUCCAGGAGAAGGGGCUUGCGAAGCCGGAGCAGCCGGAGCUGCCACUGCCACUGGCUGAUGAUGAUGCAGUGGCGCUGCAGAACCAACGCAGCUACGACAACGUGCCGCUUCCGGCGGCCAGCGUUCCGACUCCGGUGCUCGUGGAGAACUGGCCCACCGAGCAGCACAGCUUUGGCCAGGUCACCGCCGUGGCCGUGGAUCCGCAGGGCAGUCCGGUGGUCUUCCACCGUGCCGAGCGCUACUGGGAUGUAAACACAUUCAACGAGAGCAAUAUAUACUACCUUAUUGAGUACGGACCCAUCAAGGAGAACACCAUCUACGUGCUGGACGCGAAGACGGGAGCCAUCAAGUCGGGUUGGGGAUCGAACAUGUUCUACAUGCCUCAUGGCCUGACCAUCGACCUGCACGGGAACUACUGGAUCACGGAUGUGGCCAUGCACCAGGCCUUCAAGUUCAAGCCCUUUGGCAACAAGCCGCUGCUCACCAUUGGCAAGCGGUUCAGGCCCGGCUCAUCCGUCAAGCACCUGUGCAAGCCAACAUCCAUUGCAGUGGCGAGCACCGGAGAGUUCUUCAUCGCCGAUGGCUACUGCAACAGCCGCAUACUCAAGUUCAAUGCCGCUGGCAAGCUGUUGCGUACGAUUCCCCAGCCACCCGAAUUCCUCUCCUUGCAGGUGCCACACGCCAUCACAUUGCUGGAGCACCUGGAUCUGCUGUGCAUCGCUGACAGGGAGAACAUGAGGGUGGUCUGUCCCAAAGCUGGCUUGAUAUCCUCCCACGGCGAGGGUGAACCGGCGGCCACCAUCCAGGAACCGGACUUGGGUCGCGUCUUCGGAGUGGCCAGCUUCGGAGACAUAGUGUUCGCCGUGAACGGACCCACCUCCAUGCUGCCGGUGCGGGGAUUCACCAUCGAUCCGCGCUCGGAGACGAUCAUCGGGCACUGGGGCGAGUUCAAGAAUCCGCACUCCAUGGCGGUCAGUGUCAACGGAUCGGCGCUUUACGUGACCGAGAUCGGAACCAAUCACCAGACGAAUCGAGUGUGGAAGUAUGUGCUGGCCUGAGCCUAAGCCAAACCCGAAUCCCUCAAAGAACCCGACUUGCACUGCGCUCCUGCAUAUCCCUAGACCCAUAGAUUCCUCCCAACUAGUUGUCAGCAGAAACAGAACCACAAUCAGAGCCGAAUCAGAUACAGAUUAUAGCCGAUUAUAACAGAUCCUAAGCCUAAGCUGAGCCCACACCAAGUACAGUUUAACGUGACCAGUUGUCAGAUCAAUAGAGAAUAGUAAGUGCUUAAGUAAUGUACAAGUUAAGUAUGUAAAUUGCUUGAAAACAAUACCACAACAAACAUAACCUCAGACUCUUAUGUUUUGCACUGUAAUGAGCAAACGAAAACGAAAUUACACAGCAGCUUAAAUAGUACAUAUACUUAAAUGUAAUAGUUAUGCGUAGGCACUAACUAGGCACGAAUGUGAGGAUGUGGGGACGUGAGCAUGGAAAGCCGAUUUCGCAGAUAACCGGGGGCAACCAGCGCAUAUAACAUACUUGUGUACCAUAUUGUAACCUAUAUCAAAUAUAUAAUCGUAUCUGUAUCUUAUCAACUUAUCGUAGCCCAUGUAAAUUAUGUAUGUAAUAAACUGUUGUUGUUGUGACGUGAA